GCAAAUGAUACUGUAACCCGUAUAAUCCUAUAAUUAAGCAGGAAUAUGUUAGGAAAAAGCCUCGAUUAUAUCCAUAUUAAACUAAGUUUCGUAGAUACUUUUACGCAAUGGAUCAUUCUAGGAAUCUGCUUAACUGCGUUGGCAGAAACAGCUGACAUAAAAUGUGUGAAAGAUGGAGAGGGUUAUCCAGUUGGUACAUUCAUCCCCGUGAGUGACCCAUGCAAAACAUGUAACUGUAAAGAUGACGGGACGGUGACAUGUUGGUUGAAAUUCUGUCCGAAACCUAAAUGUGGUAAAAACCUUUUCCGUAUCUCUGAUGACGGAUGUUGCAAAGAAUGUGCCAGAAUCUGUGAUGGGAAGAAUCAACCGAAACUCGAUUGUUGGCAAUAUAGAUAUUACUACCCGGAAGACUCAUGCAUAGCGACGCAAUGUGGCUGCUUCUUUGAAAAGCAGCUUGUACCAAGGGGCAAAGUUGGCAACCCGUGUGAUAACUGUAGAUGUCAGGCUAACGGGAAGGUAUGGUGUAAGAGAGGAGCAUGUCCUUCAGAGAAACUUCAUUGUGUAGAUCCCACUUACGACGAAAAUUGUACUUACAUCUGUCCGAAUGGAAAAACAUGCAUGUACGGAAAGGAUAUAAUACAGUAUGGACAAUUUAAAAUAAUUGGAAAAAAAGUUUGUACCUGCGUUGGAGGCGUAGCAGACGACUGGUACCCGCGGGCAUUUUGUGCUAAAAGAAUGAUAAUGAAUGAAGACUUGACACACUUACAAAAGACGAGAUGUGUAGUUGAUGCUUCAACUAAACCAACAUGGAUGCAAAUAGAUGCAUUAUAUGCUCCGCCGGUUAAACCUGGACUGAUGUAAUGUGGACAUGACCUAAAAUACAAUAGAACUGUCGGAGGACCUUCUCAAAAUGUAUCAGUUUUCGUGAAAAUAUGCAUACUAUGUACAUAUAUUAAAUAGAGGGGUAAAUCAUUUUCUGAUACCUGUCCUGAGCUCUGAUGGCAUCAUAUGGACUUGUAAGUAGCUUAAAUGUAAAGCCAAGUCAUCUAUGAAGACAUAUUCAUAUAUAUAUAUAUAGUAAAGGUAGGUAUCUGGGGGUGUAGAGACUCUAACAAGGGUCAGAAUAUAACAAAGUGUCAUUAUCAACUGAAAUUCAGUAUAUGCGGUAGGGUGCUGGUCAAGACUAAGCUGACCCGACCCAGGGAGCCGUGAGAAUUGCUCCAAUGGUGUCAUUGGACUCAGUGAAGGUAGUGCUUGGGUUUUCAGGACCGUCUUGACUGCUCUGACAAGUUCAUAUUUUGAGAAUAUUACCGGAAUUUGACCUAUGACCUUGACCCCUAGCCGACCGGGUUCGAAACUGACGUGGCCUCUUCUCUCUAGGUACUGACUUUGCAACAAGGUAUCAUUUAUUAAAAUCGGACAUCAGGUUAUGAAGAUAUGGCUUCUCAGACAAGGACCACCCCUCUAUUUAAUAUAUGAAGAAGUAUGCAUAUUUUCACGAAAACUGAUACAUUUUGAGACGGUCCUCCGACGAAACCGUUGGCGGUAAAAUUAUACAAGUACAUAUCCGUUUAGACAAUGUUUGAAUUUAAUAUAUAAAAGUUAUUACAUUAAAAUAUCUUGUGUUUGGAACACUCUACAAUUAUUUGAAGUUAAUGAAAAACAUGGACAUUUUCCGUACGGAAAAGUACGGAAAUAUUUUACAUUUUCACCGGUAGACGGGCGACAUGCGAUACGACAUUAUGAAAAUGUCGCUUCGUAUUGUCGAGUGUCACUUUGCGUGUCGUGUAUCGUUUGGAAUUGUCGCGUGUCGACCCUCACCCAAACCCGCGACACGCGGCAUACGAUACGAUAUUAGGAAAAUGUCGCUUCCUGUUGUCGAGCGUCGUUUGAGAUUAUCGCAUGUCGUUUGAUAAUGUCGCCGUCGCGUUUGCAGGGUCGACACACGACAACGCGAAGUGACAUCGCGACAUUACGAAGUGACAGAGCGACAAUGCGAUAUGACGCUCGACAACGCGAAGUGACAUUGCGAUAUAUCGUGCUUUUGAAAGGCGACAUUUCAAAGUGGAUAUUGCGACAUUGUCGUUUGGGAUUGUCGCCGUCGUUUGCGAU